AACAUAAAACAAGGAAACGAAACACUCCUAACUCCCUAACGGAAAAUGUCAACAAAAUACUUGAUUGAAUAAUUUCGGUUCAAAAUUUCACCUUAAUAAAAUCGAAAAUGUGUUAAUAUAAUUGUUAGUAUUUUAGUGAUCUAUAAACACGCGAGUCCAGCAAAUUGUGAAGAAGAAUUAUCAAAGUGGUGAAAAAUGGCCUCGAAAGGAAAACUCAAUGAUGAGCAUGGCCGAUCAGAUUCGUAUCGAGUGGCGACGAUUCCAUCCAACUACGACGACCAGAAAACGGCGGACGGCCAACCAAAGGCACGAAGAAAAGUUCAGAAAAAACCAAGAAAGACUGGCGACUUGGACGAUUUGAAACAAGAAUUGGAUAUUGACUACCAUAAAAUUUCACCUGAAGAAUUAUAUCAACGAUUUCAAACUCAUCCUGAAAAUGGUCUUAGUCACGCGAAGGCAAAGGAAAAUUUGGAAAGGGACGGGCCCAAUGCACUCACUCCACCUAAAACAACACCCGAAUGGGUGAAAUUUUGUAAAAAUCUUUUUGGAGGUUUUGCUCUCUUGUUAUGGAUCGGCGCGAUCUUAUGCUUUAUAGCUUACGGUAUCCAAGCUAGCACGAUAGAAGAACCAGCAGACGAUAAUCUUUUCCUGGGUGUUGUAUUAGCCGCUGUUGUUAUUGUUACAGGUAUAUUUUCUUAUUAUCAAGAGAGUAAGAGUUCCAAAAUUAUGGAAUCCUUCAAAAAUAUGGUGCCUCAAUUCGCCACGGUACUUAGAGAGGGUGAAAAAUUAACUCUUCGUGCUGAAGACUUGGUACUUGGUGACGUGGUAGAAGUUAAAUUCGGGGACCGGAUACCCGCGGACGUUAGGAUAAUCGAAUCGCGGGGCUUCAAGGUGGAUAACUCGUCUUUGACGGGGGAGUCGGAGCCGCAGAGUCGUAGUCCCGAAUUCACCCACGAGAAUCCGUUGGAAACGAAAAAUCUCGCGUUUUUCUCGACUAACGCGGUCGAGGGCACCGCCAAGGGCGUGGUUAUCAGUACCGGUGACAAUACCGUGAUGGGUCGUAUCGCCGGUCUCGCUUCCGGUUUGGACACCGGCGAAACGCCGAUCGCGAAAGAAAUCCAUCACUUCAUUCAUCUCAUUACCGGCGUGGCCGUAUUCUUGGGGGUGACCUUCUUCGUCAUCGCCUUCAUCCUCGGGUACCACUGGUUGGACGCCGUCAUUUUCCUUAUCGGCAUUAUCGUGGCUAACGUGCCCGAAGGUUUGCUCGCCACCGUCACUGUAUGCUUAACUCUCACGGCUAAGAGGAUGGCUUCAAAGAAUUGCUUGGUAAAGAACUUGGAGGCCGUCGAGACGUUGGGCUCGACUAGCACGAUUUGCUCAGACAAAACCGGCACUCUGACUCAAAACCGAAUGACGGUCGCUCACAUGUGGUUCGAUAACCAAAUUAUCGAGGCGGACACUACAGAAGAUCAAUCGGGAGUGCAGUACGACAGAACGAGUCCGGGAUUUAAAGCCUUGUCGCGAAUCGCCACCCUUUGUAACAGGGCCGAAUUCAAACCGGGCCAAGGCAACGUCCCCAUCCUCAAGAGGGAAGUGAAUGGCGACGCAUCCGAAGCGGCGCUCCUGAAAUGCAUGGAACUUGCUCUAGGCGACGUCAUGACCAUCAGGAAAAAGAACAAGAAGAUUUGCGAAGUGCCCUUUAACUCUACCAACAAAUACCAAGUCUCCAUUCACGAGAACGAAGACCCCAACGAUCCGCGUCACAUUUUGGUGAUGAAGGGCGCUCCGGAACGUAUCCUCGAGAGAUGCAGCACCAUAUUUAUCUGCGGCAAAGAGAAAGUGUUGGACGAGGAAAUGAAGGAGGCGUUCAACAACGCGUACUUGGAACUGGGCGGCCUCGGAGAGAGGGUGCUCGGAUUUUGCGACCUGAUGUUGCCGACCGAUAAGUAUCCGAUCGGAUACAAGUUCAACAGUGACGAUCCUAACUUCCCGUUGGACGGUCUCCGGUUCGUCGGUCUAAUGUCUAUGAUCGAUCCCCCACGGGCCGCCGUGCCGGAUGCCGUCGCCAAAUGCAGGAGCGCCGGUAUCAAGGUCAUUAUGGUGACGGGCGAUCAUCCCAUUACUGCGAAAGCCAUUGCCAAAAGCGUCGGCAUCAUUUCCGAGGGAAACGAGACCGUCGAAGAUAUCGCGCAGAGAUUGAACAUUCCGGUUUCGGAAGUGAAUCCUAGAGAGGCCAAAGCGGCGGUAGUUCACGGUUCCGAUCUCAGGGACUUGUCAUCCGAUCAGCUGGACGAAAUAUUGAGGUACCAUACAGAGAUUGUAUUCGCUAGGACGUCGCCGCAGCAGAAACUGAUCAUCGUCGAAGGUUGUCAACGGCUGGGAGCCAUCGUUGCCGUUACGGGUGACGGCGUAAACGAUUCGCCGGCCUUAAAGAAAGCGGACAUCGGGGUCGCCAUGGGUAUCGCCGGUUCCGAUGUGUCCAAGCAGGCCGCCGACAUGAUCUUGUUGGACGACAACUUCGCCUCGAUUGUAACGGGCGUCGAAGAAGGAAGACUGAUCUUCGAUAACUUGAAGAAAUCGAUCGCCUACACCCUAACUUCAAACAUCCCCGAGAUAUCUCCCUUCCUUGCAUUUAUUUUGUGCGACGUACCCCUUCCCCUAGGUACCGUUACCAUUCUCUGCAUCGAUCUCGGAACUGAUAUGGUGCCUGCUAUUUCUUUGGCUUACGAAGCGCCAGAAAGCGACAUUAUGAAAAGACAGCCUCGCGACCCCUAUAGGGAUAACUUGGUUAAUCGCAGGUUGAUAUCCAUGGCUUAUGGUCAAAUCGGUAUGAUCCAAGCGGCGGCAGGUUUUUUCGUUUAUUUCGUGAUCAUGGCCGAAAACGGAUUCUUGCCCAUGAAGCUCUUCGGUAUCCGCAAGACGUGGGACUCAAAGGCGAUCAACGAUCUGUCCGAUUCGUAUGGUCAGGAAUGGACUUACAAGGAUAGAAAAACAUUGGAAUACACCUGUCACACCGCGUUUUUCGUUUCGAUUGUGGUCGUGCAAUGGGCUGACCUGAUCAUCUGCAAGACUCGUCGGAACUCCAUCAUUCAUCAGGGAAUGAGAAACUGGGCGCUCAACUUUGGAUUGAUAUUCGAGACCGCGUUGGCGUGCUUUUUGUCGUACACCCCCGGUAUGGACAAGGGAUUGCGCAUGUUCCCCUUGAAGUUCGUGUGGUGGUUGCCCGCCAUUCCGUUCAUGUUGUCGAUCUUCAUAUACGACGAGGUACGACGAUUCUACUUAAGGCAUAAUCCUGGAGGCUGGUUAGAACAGGAGACCUAUUACUAAAUGCCUUGACCCUAGUACUGCCACUUAUUGGGCUCCAUGCGCCGAUGCCGUGGGUCACGGCCAUAAUUGUUUCAUUAGGAGAGCCUUCUGUGUUAUAUAUAAACUUUAAAUUAUGAGAAGAACCAAACUCCUCUUUUUUUAACAUUGCCAUUUGAAUAAUGACGUUCUCUAUCGAUUGUUGUACAAAUCAUGUUGCUAAUUCUAGAAUAUAUCCGCUGCCUGUACGCAGUUUUAAACAAAAAAUAUAAAUUGUGCGGAGGUGGGCUCUAACAUUAUAGGUUAUAUCUAUACACAGUGCAGAUCAUCGCCGCACAUGUUAGUUAUUUAAAUAAGGUUAAUUUUGACUAUAAUACGAUAUAGCGUAGAUCCUGAGAGAGACGUUGCAGUUCCGAAACGUAACAAAAGUUUUAUUAUUACACUGUCAGAAGAUAUCCAGUCUGCAAUAGUGUUUUCAUACAUUCCAUUUGAAAACUACGGUUGCCUUAGUGCUGUCGGUCUGUUUCAGAACGUACCGGAAGUGGAGGGCGGGCGAGUGUCUCCUAGUUGGCUGUUGAAGGGCGCACGCCCGCCCUCGACACUUGUUCACGCCCACGCGCAGUCGGUGUGAAUGACAAAUUUAGUAUUAUUUAGGCUUUCGACACUUAGGUUAGCUAGGAUGUAACUGUGUUGUUAAUUAAGUGUCAUAACAGUCGUGCUCAAUACACAUGACUACUACUAUCACAUUAAUAACCGUUUGGCGAUUGUUUGCGUUUCCAAUUUUGAUUUGAUUAGUACGUUAUAAUAAAGUCUAGCCAGCAAUGAAUGUGCAGAGAGUUCUGUCGUUUAAUUGUCACGCAUGAUGAUUCGUUUGAAAUAUUCACCGCUACGAGGAGCCUGCUUUUGUAGGAAGUUGUUUUUCGAUAAGUGAUUAACGCGCGCUGGUCCGAGACCAAGUGACCACACUAUCAUUAUUACUGUAAAUAUUUUUAAGUGAAUCACUUAAUUUUCCGCUUCCGUUCGUUUCACCUUCAUGUUUUAGAAUGUAAUGAUGCUGUAUAAAUUUGGGUUUUAAUAAAAUGGAUGAUAGUAA